UACCUUUGAGGCCUUUACCGAUGGUCUGUUAGCACCUGGGCCCAUUAAUUUUGACGACAUUGCGUAUUGUUUGUUUCGCCCUGGACAACCCGGGGAAAAGCGGUACACACUCAUCACAACUACAUCAACGACGACUGCAACUUUAUUCCAUAGGUUCUGGAAGAGAAUUAUUCCUACAAAGUACAACAAGUUUCUGUAAGGGUGCUGGAACGUGCAUUUUGUGCAAUCGGAAAUGACCGAGAGAAGGUUUAAACGGCCCAGCAUCGCGGAGAAUGAUGGACUAAUAAUAUACUGUAACCAGUACAGCUACUAUUGCCAAAAGGUUCUGCAAGCGCUCCACGAGAAAGGCAUUCGCUUCACGAAGUACGAAAUCGAUGUGACCAAUGAUGAGCAUUUCUCCGAAUGGUUUUUGGAGCUCAAUCCCCGGGCCGAGCUACCGGUUUUGCAGAACGGUUUGCUGAUCGUCCCUGGAUCGAAUCGUAUCUUGGAUUACCUGGAGGAGACGUAUCCCAAAGCCAAAUCACUCCGAAUGCCAAACGAUGUGGAUAAGCUAGUGCUCGGAUUCCGCAAGACAAUCGAAAGUCUGCCGAUUGGGCUGAUAACGAUCGGUGCGUUCCUGCAUCCGCAUCACACGGGAAGCCCCAAGUUCCCCUUCGUGCUGCCAGUACGCCGGACAAUUCUGGCGCGGGAGGAAACCCUUGUCGACCGUUUGCGCACUUAUGCCAAUGCUUAUCCGGCCUUUCGCGAGGUUUUACUAAAGAAGGCAGAUUUUCACGAGCGUAAGCGAAGCAUAAUUGAGAAGGAAGAGUAUUUCUGCAAGCUGCUGAGCGCGCUGGACGAGUUUUUGACCGACGUCGAGCACUAUUUGGAUGGGCGCGAUCCGGAGUGCGAAUGGUUUUGCGGUACCGAUACCAUCACGAUCGUCGACAUUGGACUAGCGACACUUCUGAACAGGCUGUACGUACUCGGAUUGGAAGAACGGUUUUGGAACGCUGGUCGCAGACCGCGAGUUGAGCAGUACUUCAACAGGAUCUGCCAGCGGCCAUCUUUCGUAAGUGUACUCCCCUCCAAGGUGUCCCUUUUGCGCACUGUGUGGGUCAAUACGCCAACGGUUUACAAGGCCGGUCUGGCGGCUGCUUCAUCUGUUCUUAUCAGCUCAACGUUGCUGAAGAGGUAAACAGGGCCAAAUGAUUUCUUUUUUUCUCCAGUUCCGCCAUUGUUCCUUUACCAUUUUCAUCAUGCUAAAUAUUAUGCAGCAGUCAUGAAGUCACGUUAACGAAUAUUUUUGAAUUUAUAUCGUUCCCCAACUGGAUAAAAAAUUAGCAUAUCAAUUAUUUGUAACAUCGUAUGUAAAGCCAUGCGAUCCAAUAAGAUUAAAACAUUCACUUUGGUACAUUACGUGCAUUAACAUAAACUUUCCGGAGAGAUAUUGGUUAAACGUAACAGAAACAAAAGACAUUACACUUAUAAAUGGUCAUGUAUUUUUGGUCGUUCGAGGAAUUUUAUGGAUUAACAUCGCGAAAAAUGUCAAACUUAACAAGAAUCAAUAACGAAAGAGAACAAACGUAAAUACAACUUAAAUACUUUAUCCAACCCCGUUUGGAACACUCAAACCCUUCCCAUUUCUAACGGUAAGAUCGAUCGAUAGUCUAAUAGUGCCAUGGUACGCUAACAGAUUCGUAAAGCAGCACGCUUUUUAAGAAAGUGUUCGGCUCACAAUGCAUGUUUGCUGCCCCCGCGGUCUCGUUACUCGAAAGGUGGUACCAUAGUGUUAACAGUAACAAGGUAGUUAAACGGUGACGCGAGUUCUGGCGAAUCCUGGUGCCCUUUGCCGAAGGCCGUUUCAGUCACGUUCGAAAGACUCACGGAAUUCACGGUAUCUGCAAUCGAAGAAAGGGGUCACGUACGUAUUUGCCAAAUUG